AUGUCAGAUUAUCUCAACGAAGGGUUGAUUUUUGAAAUCUUCAUAAGACUACCACCCAAAUCCCUCCUCAGGUUUCGAUCACUCUCGAAAUCAUUAUGUUCUUUCAUUUCCAGCCCCCGUUUCAUCCACAUGCACACUUUUCAAUCCCCUAAAAAACUCCUCAUCCAACACCAAACGUAUGAUAAUGAAGACUUCUAUACUUUACAUUCAGAAGACCAAAUUCCAUUGGAUCCCAGAUGUGGAUACAUUCAUACAACACCAAUAAACGCUCCAUACCUCAAAUAUUCCAUUAUCGUUGGUGCAUGUAAUGGCAUUUUCUGUCUGUUUCAUUAUCAAGAAAAUCUUAUCAGUCUUUGGAACUUUUCAAUUAGACGCAAGAUAACCCUCCCUGAUUGUCCUCAGAGAUGCUUUUCUGGGGUACAGAUUGGGUUUGGUUUUGACCCAAUCGACAAUGAUUACAAGAUUGUUAAAUUACCCACAUACGGAGGAAGAGAAGAAAGUUCAUUUGUUUACAGUAUUAAGACAGACGCAUGGUCUGAGAUUGCUUCUCCUACUCCUAUUUUUGAUGAGGUGUUAUUAAAUGCGUGUUUUGUCAAUGGGGCUUUACAUUGGGUUGUAGAACGUCAUUAUAAUAAAUUACAUGAUGUAGCGCAUUUUUAUAUACUGAAAUUCGAUUUGGGCACUCAUGUUUUUGACAUGAUUGCGUUGCCAGAACCCAACAGCAAAACAGCACGACUAACAAGCGUACGAGGUUCUCUAGCUGUGAUUUCUGGGGAUUAUGUGUUGAAGGUCAUCACUAGCCCAAUAGAAUCAUGUUAUUGUCUAGAAGAAGUUAGCAUGUUCUAG